AUGGCGUCUAUAAAAAUAUUGUGCAUAGUGUUUGUUCUGGCAUUGGUUGGAGGAAUACGCGCAAAUAUUGACUCAGACGUAGCGGCAAAGAAGCUGUUAGCAACUCACGAAAUAUUGCCGCCUUCACUUCUAUUCCUGCUUCAUUCACAACCGAUUGGUCGCUCGCGGCUACCAACGCCAAGCCUUCCGGUACCACCAACACCACCAGUUGCUCCAAGUCUACCUGUACCACCAACGGCACCAGUGGCACCAAGUGCUCCUUUAUCACCAUCACCACCAGUGGCACCAAGCUUACCAGUACCUCCAACGCCGCCCCUUGCCCCAAGUUUGCCAGUACCGCCAACACCACCCGUUGCCCCAAUAGCCCCAGUGCCGCCAACCCCACCGAUCGCUCCCGUUCCACCAACACUACCAACUGCAUCAAGUUCAGCGAAUCAAUUGCCGCUUUCUCUUUUAUACUUACUAAGUCAACCAAUCAGACACCCAGAUUCUCAACCAGUUAGUGCAGGAAACCAAGGAAAUUCAAAACUUCCAUGUAGUGAUUUAUAUCCCUCCUCCGGAUCAGCUUCAAUAACUCCACCAGCAUCUACACAGGAAAAGCCACACAAACCGUUAUAUCCCGGGCAACUUUCGUACGAUGAUCCUUCAAACGGUAAUCGAAAAAUUUUGAAUAUUGUACAUGUCCCAUUAAGACCAACAGUCCCAAGUUCUCUGCCAGUGCCUACAAGCAUAAGUGGAAGUAAACCUGACAAUACUCCUGUAGGCCCAGCGCCAUUGCCAUCUGAAGUUUCAACUACUUCAAAACAAGAAGAUUUAUCACCAGUUCCGAAUAACCUGAUAGGAGCAUCGUCAAUACCUGCUAAACCAGAUUCAUCCAACAAUGAUAAUACCAUUACAUUCAAUCCUAAAGACUUACCAUAUGAACCAGUCGGUAAUAUAGAAGCAUCGCCAAUCCCAGUGAGGCCAAAUGAUAAAACUACUGAACAGACUAAAAACAGUGAAUCUAAGAAUGCUAUCAAAACAGAAGACCUGUCACCAACACCAAGUGAAACGAAAAAUGAAUCUCAAAUACCAACUAAACCAAAUGAUAAAAAAGAAAAUUCACCAGAUAAUAAAAUAAAUUCCACCGAUUCUCAAGAUAAUAACAGCAACAACAAGCCUAGUCAAGAAGAAACAAACUCUGGUGUAUCAGGUGAAAAUAUCUCGCAAAAUGCAAACACUGAUAACUCAGCGAAAGAAAAUCCACAAAACCACAAAAUCCAUUUGCUGAUUUAAUUUUGAACGGUGAUUCAUCGCAGCCAAAGUCAACGGAUGAACAAACAGGUACCUCGUCUAAUGACGAAAAACCAAAGGAAGUCAAAGAAAAUCC